AUUGAUAUCAAUAUUACGUUUGUUACUGUGCUUACUGCGUGGAAAAAAAAGUGUACUAGUACAUUUUAGAAACAUUUGAAACAAUAAUAUUAAUUAAACAGGAUGCCUAAAUGCCUCAUUUCCUGAACAUUUUAGUUAAUCAGGCUUAUUUUUGGUACUGGAAUCUACUGGUAGGAGUAAGUCCUGUAAGAACCAGGAAGUAAACCAUAUUUCUUUGUGUUCUUUAAACUUCUUACUUGAAUUUCAUAUCUAAUUGGUCUCUGCUUUUGAAAAAGAAUAGAAAAACCUGAUACUCCAGAAAAGAACAACAGCAUUUAUAAAAAAGUAAUUAGUAAGGAAAAAGGAAUUAUAAAAGAUAAUUUAAUAUAAAUGUCUUAUAUAUGUGUGUUAAGAACUAAGAAAGACUAUGUGGACCUAAGUUAUAGCCAGAAAGGAUUGUUACACAAAGAACUUUUUCACCAAGAGUGUAAGUAACUAUGAACCUUUACAAAAUCAACAUCCUUGGGAAAACUUAAAUAUAAGAGAUAUUUAGCUCUCUGAGAUGGUUUCAGUAUCUGCUGAUGGGGGAAAUUCAGAAGAAGCAAAACCUGUUUUAUGUAAAUCCCAAUAAAACACCUAUUUACAGUGGUAAAAAAUAGAAUACUUUGGCUAAUUGAACAUUUAGAUCAAUUUAGAAUAUUUUCAAAAAUUAAGGUAAACUAUUAAUGCUAAUGGUGUUCUGAAUUUAAUUGCUAAUUGAAAAGGUAGUUCUGAAUCUUUCAGUUUCUCUAGGUUAACCCUAUAUACUUCAGCAUUGUAUUGAAAAUAUAAAGGGUUUAGGAUCUAGGGCUUAUGGUGCCUGAUCCUAAGCUUGUCCUCUGAAAUUGUUUUUCAGGGUAAAUCUUUCAUACCUCCUUUUUAAAUUGUCAAGUAUUUAUUUCUCAUGAAACUAGGAGUAAAAUGUACAAAAGAACAAAGAUCUAGUAAAAUUGUAGGGAGUUCAGAAACCAUUGUUUAAUGGGAGGAACACUAAAUAGAACAAUAGUAUAGAAUGUAAAAUUUGGAGUAAAUCUGACAUAUCUUCAAGAUAAAAUGUCCUGUGUCUCCUGUACAUACUAAAAAUGUACUUUGUAUUGGCAUUUUUACAUGUCAUCUUUACAAAUACAUACACAGCAUAUCUAAGGGUGACAGUUUUAACCAUCGUUAAAUUAUUCCACAGGGACUACACAGUAGGAAUAGCUUACCAACUCCCCAGCUGAGGAGGAGCCCCGGAACUUCCGGUCUGCCACCUAUUGAACAGUCGUCGUCCCGGUGGGAACGCAGUAAUGGCAAAAGGCCACACCAAGAGUUUGGCAUUUCAAGUCAAGGAUCCUAUCUAAAUGGACCUUUAAGUUCAAAUCUACUGACAAUGACGAAGCAAAGGUCAUCUUCCGUAUCCCUAACUCACCAUAUAGGUCUAAGAAGAGCUGCUGCUUUCCCCAGCCUGAGUCCUGUGAAUUCUCCCAGCCAUGGACUAGUCUCCGCUGGCUCUCUAAUGAAUCGAUCACUUGUAGAAUUUCCUGCCACUGCCAGUUCUCUUACUAAGCCAAGUGUUAUUUUACACCGAUCUCUGGGCAGUGCACCCAAUUCACCAGAUUUUUAUCAGCAUGUUAGAAAUUCUGAUAGCAGUUUAUGUAACAGCUGUGGACAUCAAAUAUGGAAAUAUGUUUCAACAUCUGAAUCCGAAUCUGGUAUAGACUGCCACAGUGGAAAGUCAGGUGAUGAAGACAACACCGUUUCCUCAAAACAAUCAUUCAGCCUCACAGAAGUGCAACAUGAAGUGGAAACAGAGAACACAGAGUGCAGAAAAUUAUUUUUGGAAGGUGAUACUCACCUAACAGAAGAGGCACAGAAUGAACAGCAACCAAAUAUUGAACAGGAAGCAUCACUGGACCUGAUUUUAAUAGAAGAUUAUGAUUCCUUAGUAGAGAAGAUGAGCAACUGGAAUUUUCAAAUAUUUGAAGUUGUUGAAAAAAUGGGAGAGAAAUCAGGAAGGAUCCUUAGUCAGGUUAUGUAUACCUUAUUUCAAGACACUGGUUUAUUGGAAAUAUUUAAAAUUCCCACUCUACAGUUCAUGAACUAUUUUCGUGCAUUAGAAAAUGGCUACCGAGACAUUCCUUAUCACAACCGUAUACAUGCCACAGACGUCCUGCAUGCAGUUUGGUAUCUGACAACCCGGCCAAUUCCUGGUUUACAGCAGAUCCACAAUGAUCAUACAACAGGAAACGAAACAGAUUCGGAUGGUAGAAUGAACCCUGGGCAAAUUGCCUACAUUUCUUCGAGGAGCUGCUCUAUUCCAGAUGAGAGCUAUGGGUGCCUUUCUGCAAACAUUCCUGCACUGGAAUUGAUGGCUCUCUACGUGGCAGCUGCCAUGCAUGAUUACGAUCACCCAGGGCGGACAAAUGCAUUUCUAGUGGCUACUAAUGCCCCUCAGGUAGGAAAUAUUUUCUUAGAAAGUUUAAAAAGCAAUUCUCAAAUGUUACAACCAUGUUGUAGAUCCUUUUGUUAAACCAUCCUUCACUCCAGUCAGAAAGCCAUUCCAUGUACGUUGUAAUUAAUCGGAUUUUAACACAUGACAUUGACAUGAUUGACAUGAUGUGUGCUCAAGAAUUAAGAAGCCAUUACCGUCUUCCACUGGAAAAUAAAAUGUUCAGGAAAGAGUGACUCACUGUUUUAUGAAAUUCUGGAAUUCUUGUCAAUAUUUUUCCCUUUGGUCAAAUUGAUGAGGCUGACUAGAUGGAAAACUUACUCUUCCUUCUUCCUUUCUAUGGCUAAAAACCUAAUGAUGAAGAACUAUCAUUUUUGUUGUUUUCCUCUUUUGCCCUUAAUACUCAGACUCUAAAUCUCUCUUCUAGUACCACAUUGUUUUUGUAUCCAAUACAGCUGAUGAGGUGCAAGAUUCCUUUACGGUCAAAAUUUUCACAGAACGUAGGAGUUGCCAACAAAUGGAUACUGUAAUUGCAGUAGCUUUACCCACUAGGACUUGGGACUAAAUCCUUGGUUCUAAGUGGUCGUGGGUGUUUGUUUAGGCUGGCGAUUCCUGAAAUGUCAUCUUCGUGCUUGUAACUGCGUGCCUUACAAAGAACAAAUCGUCACUUGGCUGAAUUUCUUACGUCUUCACUUCACUGCUCUAGGUAUAAACCUCACUUCUGAUUUUUUUCGUCUUCAGUAGUCAUCCUCUUUGUCACUUCUCUUUCACACACUCUCACUCUUUAAAAUAUAGGAGAUAGAUUCUCUAGACAGAACAAGAAUAGGAUUCAGAGACAAGAGAGAGAGGGUUAACAAUGUUAUGAAACUCACUUCUCCAAUGGGACUUUAUUAAUAGCUCAUGUUUUCCACAGGUAACUUUUUAAAGAAUUUCCAUCGAGGGGCACCUGGGUGGCUCAGUCGGUUAAGCGGCCGACUUCGGCUCAGGUCGUGAUCUCGCGGUCCGUGAGUUCGAGCCCCGCAUCAAGCUCUGUGCUGACAGCUCAGAGCCUGGAGCCUGCUUCUGUUUCUGUGUCUCCCUCUCUCUCUGCCCCUCCCCUGUCCGCGCUCUCUCUCUGCCUUUCAAAAAUGAAUAAAUGUUUAAAAAAAUUAAAAAAAAAAGAAUUUCCAUCGAGAUAUAAUUAUUUGCACUCUAAGAAUUAUGAACUAAGGAGCACAUAUUUCCUCAUUUGCUGUACCAGUCCCACAGGAAGCCUGUGCAUUGUCUCUUGCCUCAUGCCUCAUCAUCUUUGACAACCCUGGUCCCGUCAUGAGUCAAAGAGCUGGACACAGGUGGCACAACGCAGAAAGCACUGGUCUUGAGAUCAAGAGACCUGAGUUUGACUUCUUAUUACCAAGUUACUAGCUGUGUGACCUUAGAUAAGUCACCCUUGUGUCCCUGAACCUCAAAAUAUGUACCGAAUCUGAUUAAAGGCAAAGAGAUCACAUACGAGAAGUUUUCUACUAUUUCAUAUGUUUGAGAGGCUCCCGAAUCAGAUAUCAUGUAGACGGAAAUUACUUGCUGUUCACUCUUGGCUUGACGUCUUUCAUUAGCUUUGAGUAUAGGUGAGUCAGACUUAUUACCUCUCCUCCAAAGGAUAUGGCAAGUGAGAGAAUCUGUGUUAUUUCUCUCCCAUGCAGAUAAAACAGUAAUGAAUGAAUACAAUUUAUACAAGUUAUAUGCUCAAAAUGGUUGUCCUAAUCAAAAUAAAAAUAUGAAGUCUGGAUAGAGUAUGAGUAACACACGUUACUCAUCGUUAAGGAUGGCCAAAUGAUGAAGUGAUGGGAGGUGUCAGAAUAGAAAAGAAAUUGAUAUGGAAUCCAGUUACUGGAAAAGGAUAGCCUUCCAACCAGUCUCCUUGCUUAUGUCUGACUCCCUUUCAGUCUGUUCUCAACUCCUAGGAGCCAGAGUAACACUGUUUAAAUGUGAGUUACAUCACUUUCUGUUCCAAAGCCUCCAGGGGCUUUCACUCCACUCCUAGUAAAAGUCAUUGUAAUGGCUCAGAAGGUCAUAUGUGACUUAGCUCCUAUUAAUUUUUCCGUCUUUAUUCACCCAGGUCCAGCCUCCUUGGCCUCCUUGCUAUUUUCUCCUGUAUCCUAGGCACACUGCACACUCCCUUCUGAGAGCCUUUGCACUUUCUGUCCUCCCUGCCGGGAGUGUCUUGCCCCACACAUCUGUACAGCUCACUCUGUCACCUCCUUCCAUUGAAAAUUUCAAAAGCCCCUUUCUGACACUCAUGAGGUUCCUUCCCUGCUUUAUUUCUCUCAGUAGCGGUGCUCAUUCAGCAUGCUGUGUAUUUGGUUUAUUGCCUGUCUCUCCUCAGUGGAAUAUAUCUUCAUGAGACCAGGGAUUUCUGUCUUUUAGUCCCUAAUACCUAGAAUAGUACCUAACACAUAAAAGUCGCUUAGUAAAUAUUUGUUGAAUGUUGAAGGAUGCCUGAUUUCUUUGCUCUGCAGGACCGCUAGCUUGUCUGAAAUAUAUUCUGUUCUUCCUAAAGUAAUGAGAUGCACGAGACCUUGUUCGGCUAGCGCAUGUGAGAUAAGGACUCUUCUGUGAAAGCGUGCGGCGUGUUUAUUAGGUAAUAAAGUAGGUUCUUUCGUCUUGGGAAGCUCAGUGGGUCUAAUUAGGCCAUGAUUAGUGAAAAAUGUUGUAGCUCCAGUGGCAGUGUGCAAUACCAUCAACUGUAUCAAACCUUCAUUCUCAUGGUAAGGAAAGUAUGCUGGGAAGACACAGGAGGAUUAUUUUAAAUCCUUGCCAUGAAAGAAGGUGAAACAUUUAGCCAGGGUUAUCCUGAGGAGAUGCCAGUAUUAAAAUUCUAAGAGAUUUCUGAGCUGUUUCCAGAUGAAAAGCUGGCUCAAAGAUGGAAAUUAGCGCUUGAGAUUAGAGUUUCAGAAUAUCUUGAUGAUAUUUGGGGUAAAAGGAAACAAUUUCUUAAAUAAUUUUUAAUGUUUUUAUUUUUGAGAGAGAGAGACUGUGAGCAGGAGAGGGGCAGAGAGGAGGGGGACAGAGGAUCUGAAGCAGGCUCUGCGCUGACAGCAGAGAGCCUGAUGUGGGGAUCCAGCUCCCUAACCAUGAGAUCAUGACCUGAGCUUGGAUGCCUAACUGACUGAAUCACCCGGGCACCCUGGAAACAAAAUUUUAAGUUGAGAUUUGUAAAUCCAAGACAGUCAUAAAUGUUUUGUCCCCUCAAAGCAUGGAUCAAGAUACUGACUAAACACACAUGCAUUUGACUCCUCAUUACAACAGAGAAAAGAAUAGGUGGGGAAGGGUAUUAUCAGAAGA